AUGCCACGACGGUCAUCUCGGCCUGAUCUGGCGUCGCCUGAAGCGCCUACGGCGUCAAAGCGACGCGCUUCAGCCAGACUGUCCGCCGCCGAACCGGGGGUCAAACGGGUCAAGUCAAACGUCGACCUGUCUCUCAGCCAGGCAAAGUCUACGACCAGGAAGAGCAAGUACUUCGAGCGAGAAGACCCCGACGAGCCGGAGUUGGAGUCCGAUGUCUCUGCGGAGGAGUCUUCUGGCUCCGUGUACGAGGAAGCAGAGGAGGAAGCCCCCGCCGAGGAUGCGGAGCCGGACCAACUCUCCGACACAGACGAGGACGCGAAGAAGAAACUCAGCGCGAGGGGGAAGCAACGACAGAGUACCAGCAGCGGAAGCGACCCUAUGAAGGGCAAGGAGCUCUGGCGCGAGGGCGUCAGAGCGGGCCUGGAGCCCGGGCAAGAAGUUAUCAUCGCAAAGCCCAAGGCCCGAGAUGCGGGGAACACCCCAUACCAGGAUGAGACCUUACAUCCCAAUACUAGGCUUUUCUUGAUCGAUCUAGCUAGUAACAAUGACCGCCAAUGGCUAAAGGCGCAUGAUCCGGAUUACCGAGCGGCAAAGAAGGACUUUGAGACAUUUGUUGAGUCCCUCACGCCAAAGAUUGCAGAGGUGGAUGCUACCGUCCCUGAACUUCCUGUGAAGGACCUGGUAUUCCGCAUCCACAGGGAUGUUCGCUUCAGCAAGAAUCCACUUCCAUACAAGGUAAGCUAUCUUCCCCUCCAAGUCCCUGUCGCUGUGCCUGUCGCAUGCACGCAUUUCUCUGCUGCCUGGUCUCGGACUGGCAAGAAAGGCCCGUACGCAGCAUACUAUGUCCACUUCCAGCCAAACUCUUGUUUUGUUGGCUGCGGGCUGUGGAACCCCGAGGCCGAGCCACUUGCACUGCUGCGAGAGGACAUCGACGAGAACUCGGGUGGCUUGAAGGAGGUACUCCGCGCGCCGGAGAUGCGUCGUGAGUUUCUGAAGGGAGCGUCCGACGAUGACGAUGCGAUUGUGGAUGCUUUUACGCAUCACAAUAGGGAGUCUGCUCUGAAGACGAAGCCCAAGGGUUACGAGGCAGACAACAAGAACAUCAAAUUACUUCGACUACGCAGUUUCACUAUUGGCAAGCCUAUUGCGGACGAUGAGCUCACUGGAGACAAUGCCCAAGAGAUGAUUGCUACUCUGGUUGGGGUCAUGGAGCCUUUCGUAAGCCCUGUUCCAAUCUAUCGAUUCCCGAUUUCCCUUUCCCGCCGGUUUUGCCCCCUCUUGACUACCGUGACGUAUCUCAACAGUGUAGUGAUGCCUGAUCAGUGA